AGGGAUUAUUAAAAACUGAAAGGGAAUAAUAAAGACAACAAAAGAUAUUUCUCAAUUGACCAAACGAUCCUUUUAUUCGUUAAGAAGUUACCACAUCAUUUCACUGCUACAUUUGCAACUUGCCCCUGCUGUUCCCCUUCCAAACCGCCUUGUGAGUUGUGAAGACUGAAGGGAGACAGCAGAGUUGAGCAUCCCAAUCUCUCUCUCUCUCUCUCUGCGCCAUGGACAAAGAAAUCCUUGCAGCUCCAUCGUCGUCGUCGUCUUCUUCAACAGCUUCAAUGAGUAAUACGAAUCUUCCACCACCUGAAGACGCUUGGUUUGACCCUUACCAGAAAUUGCUUCCUCAUUGGCAGUCCCACUCUCACUCUUCUUACCAGUCAACAAUUCCAAUUUCAAUCUCAAGAGUAAAUCAAGUCGAUGCAGCAAGACUCGAUAUAGAAAUGUCAGCCAUGUUGAAAGAGCAGCUGGUUAAGGUGUUCUCUUUGAUGAAGCCAGGGAUGUUAUUUCAAUAUGAAGCAGAGCUUGAUGCUUUCAUUGAGUUUCUUAUUUGGCGAUUCUCAAUUUGGGUAGAUAAGCCUACUCCUGGAAUUGCUCUAAUGAAUUUGAGGUAUAGAGAUGAACGUGCAAUGGCGACAAGAGGAAAAGUUAGGACAGGUUUGGAAGGACCGGGACUCACCGUAGCUCAGAAGAUUUGGUAUUGUGUUGCUACUGUCGGUGGCCAAUACAUCUGGGCGCGCUUACAGUCAUUCUCUGCUUUUCGUAGAUGGGGUGAUUCUGAGCAGAGGUCAUUUGCACGGCGAGCGUGGAUGUUAAUACAACGUAUAGAGGGAUUACAUAAAGCUGCUUCAUUUGGCAACCUGCUCAUAUUUCUUUAUACGGGAAGGUACAGGAAUCUUAUUGAAAGAGCUUUGAGAGCUAGGCUCGUCUAUGGGAACCCUAAUAUGAACCGAGCUGUUAGCUUUGAGUACAUGAACCGGCAGUUAGUGUGGAAUGAGUUCUCGGAGAUGCUGUUGCUGCUGCUUCCUCUUCUUAACUCAUCGUCUGUAAGAAACUUUCUUCGCCCAUUUUCUAAAGAUAAAUCUUCAAGCACUGCAGAGGAUGACACUGCUUGCCCCAUCUGUCUGGCCAGUCCAACCAUUCCGUUUCUUGCUCUCCCUUGUCAGCACAGAUACUGUUAUUACUGCCUUAGGACUCGGUGUGCUGCAGUUGCUUCAUUUAGAUGUUCCAGAUGCAGUGAGCCGGUCACUGCUAUGCAGCGGCAUAGUGGCGUGAGCAAUUUAAUCGCAAAAAAAGAUCAUUAAAUAGGGAGAAUGAAAUGGAUUGAAACAUUAUUAUAGAUAGGGAAUGUGUGUAAAAUAAUGCUGGAAAGAAAUAGUACUUUUUUUUUAAAUUUUUUUUUCCUCCCUAUUAAAUUAUCAUUGAAGAAAUAAAUUCCAUGUAAAAGUAUUAUUCCACUAUUAAGUGGGAUGGUCCAUUCUUUGUCAUCUUUCCAUUGUAUUAAAUAUUCCGAUGCCCCAUUGUUUUCUUGGAUUAAUUUUUCUCCAAGGAUCAGUUCAUUCGGACGCCAAAACAGUUGCCCUUUCGGCAAUGCCAAAGGAUGAUUAUUGUGCUUAA